AUGGCUGCGGAUGUCCCCACCGCGUCCUCUGGUCCCCAGCAAGGCCGGGGGCCGUCCCGCUGCACGUCCCUGAGCUCAUCACUCCCCCCGGGCACCCUCCUGCCCCCAGCUCCAAAGAUGCUCCGGCUUCUCCUGCUCAGCUCCCUCUGGCUCCUGGCAGCGUCCCCAGCCUCCAGCAUCUUCCAGCGGCCCACGGGGAGCCCGGCCGCCCCGCGCCUGCAGUACCUGCUGGAGCCCCUGCACGGCGCGGUGCACACGCAGCGCGGUGCCACCGCCACGCUGCCCUGCGUCCUCCGCGCCCUGCCCCGCAACUACCGGGUGAAGUGGAGCAAGGUGGAGCCAGCCAACUACGGGGAGAGCGUCAUCAUCAUCACCAACGGGCUGUACCACAAGAACUACGGGCCCCUCAGCCCCCGGGUGCGCCUGCGGCACAGCCACCGCUACGACGCCUCGCUCACCAUCACGGACGUGGCCUUGGAGGACGAGGGGCGCUACCGCUGCCAGCUGGUCAACGGGCUGGAGGACGAGAGCGUCUCGCUCACGCUGCACCUCGAGGGCGUCGUCUUCCCCUACCAGCCCAGCAACGGGCGCUACAAGUUCAACUACCACGAGGCCAAGCGUGCGUGCGAGCAGCAGGACGCCCGGCUGGCCACCUACCAGCAGCUCUACAAAGCCUGGACGGAGGGCUUGGACUGGUGCAACGCGGGCUGGGUCCUCGACGGCACCGUGCACUACCCCAUCAUCAACUCCCGCGAGCCGUGCGGCGGCCGCCUCCUCCUGCCCGGCGUCCGCACCUACGGGGCCAGGGACAAGCAGCGGGACCGCUUCGACGCCUUCUGCUUCACCUCGGCGCUGCAAGGCGAGGUCUACUUCAUCCGGGGCCACCUGAGCUUCAAGGAGGCCGGGCAGGCGUGCCGCAACCACGGGGCCGCCAUGGCCAAAGUGGGGCAGCUCUACGCCGCCUGGAAGUUUUCCGGGCUGGAUCGCUGCGACGGGGGGUGGCUGGCGGACGGCAGCGUGCGGUACCCCAUCACCACCCCCCGGCAGCGCUGCGGGGGGCUGCCCGAGCCCGGCGUGCGGAGCUUCGGCUUCCCCAGCAAGGAGCAGCGGACCUACGGCACCUACUGCUUCGCGGGGGCGUAG